AUGUCUGACGUCCAACACGAGCUGCAUCGGCAGCAACGUCGGCGGUCGUGGUAUCGGUCGCCUCUGUUUUCCGUCGUCAUGGUGGCCUGCACAGCCUUUACGUGCCCAGGCAUCUUUGGUGCGCUGAACGGCAUGGGUGCCGGUGGUGGUGCCAGCGCCGGCACGUCGAACGCCGCCAAUGCCAUUGCCUUUGGCAUUCUUGCCGUCGUGUCGCCGUUUGUCGGCAUAUUCUGCAACUAUCUGACGCCCAAGUGGACGCUGUUUAUUGGCACCUUCGGAUACGCCCCGUACGCGGCGGGCUUUUAUGUCGUCGACCACUAUGGAGAGUCCUGGCUGCUGCUCUUUGGCGCCGUGACCUGCGGCCUGUCCGCGUGCUUCUUGUGGGUGGCCAGCGGGUCGAUCAUCAUGGGCUACCCCGAGGAGAACAGAAAGGGCCUCGCUGCCUCCUUAAAGUUCUCCUUUCAGAACCUGGGCGCGUCGAUCGGCGGCAUCAUCAGCCUGGCCCUCAACGCAGAAAAGGCGUACCGUGGGUCCAUCAGCGAGGCGACGUAUGUUGCGCUGAUGACCAUCAUGUGUCUCGGCUUUCCGUUUGCCCUCAAUGUCUCGCCGGCGCACCGUGUCCAGCGCCGUGACAAUCUCCCGGUGGUCCUCCGAAAGGCGCCGACGCUGGCCAGGACCUUUCGCAUCCUGUGGACGCUAGUCAAAACGCCCACGGUGCUGGGCCUGAUGCCAUUUAUGAUGUAUUCGCAGUGGUUCCUCUCGUACCAGUGGCAGUUCAACUUUGCCUACUUCACGGUGCGCACGCGGGCGCUCAACUCCAUGCUGUUCUACCUCGGCGGCCUGAUCGCGGCGCUGUCGUUCGGCCAGCUGCUCGACUGGACCCGCUUCCACCGCACAACGCGCGCACGCAUCGGCUUUUUUGUCGUGUCCGUCACCUCGGGCACGUCGUGGAUCAUCGGUCAAGCAGUCCAGCAUCACUAUAUGACAAACCCACCGACGCUGGACUGGGUCGAAGCACACUACGGCCUGCCAUGCUUCCUGUUUCUCCUCUGGGGCAUCUCCGAUCCUCUAUGCACAGUCUACAUGUACUGGCUCACGGGCAGCUUGACAAACAAUGUCAACGAGUCUGCCCUUCUUACCGGCAUCAUCAACUCCUUGGGCUCCGUCGGGUCCACGUUUGGUUUUGUCGUGUCGGCCAUGGACUUCAACUACGACGGGGCCUGCGCCAUCAACCUGGCCCUCUUCUUUCUCUCGCUGCCCGGUUUGUCGUGGGUUGCCUUUACAAAAGUCACGGAGACGUCCCACGGCGCGGACUUGACAGCGAUUGGCCAAGACGCUGCCGGUGGGAGCAACGCAUCGCUCGAGGAUGGCUCCAGCAACGAUGGCGCGCAAGAAGCGGUCGUAGUCAGUGAGAAAGCUACGGAGGCUUAG